UGAUAACCCUAGGUCAAGGGUGCUUGCCCAGAUAUUUGGAUGAAUGAUUCAUUUUUCUCUACAUGUUAUAUUAAUAUGGACUACAGAAAUUUUAACUUUGUAUUAUGUACUUAAUAAUAAUUAAAAUUUAUAUUAUUCGUAAAUUCAGUGAUUAUUCUGAAAAAAGGCCUAGUGCAUAGUUGAGAGAUUAUUAUACUUCUAAAAGAUGUCAUCUUACUUCUGAACUGUUAUGAAUAGUCAUGUGGAAGAUGUUUUGGCUUAAUCUUGGACUAUUUUUACUUUGUGUUUCCGUGUCAAUUUCUGCGGAGAUCAGUUUAUUUCCAGAAGGACGGGAAAUAAGUUAUAAAUGGUAUGCUAACGUUUCUUCUGGUACAAUCCUUCCUUCAAAUUUGCAAGCAACAUGGAGUUUCCAAGCAAUAUUGAAAGUUCAGCAGCAAUCAACAAAUUUCACUGCCUUUCAGAUAACUGAAGUUCUUUUAAAUCCGGACGAAGAUUAUUCUUGGAAUAUUUCAUCUCUUACAUUACCUUUCGGAGCAGUUUAUAUCAAUGGCGAACUAAAUAGUCUUAUUGUACACGAGGAUGAUGAAACCUGGUCUGUUAAUAUGAAAAGAGCCUUGACGUCUACGCUGCAAAUCAAAUUGGAGUUUAUAGUUGCAGAUGUAUUAUCCAUUAUUACAGAGGAGUCGAACCAUUAUGGAAGAUGUGUUGUUGAAUAUGAAAAAUUCAAUCUUCCUUCGAAGAAGUAUAAAAUCAGAAAAAGUGUAGACCAUGAAUCAUGCAAAGAUUACCCUGCAGAACAUUUCUCCAACGCUGAAAUGAGCUUAUGUCCUGGAACAUAUCAGGGUAUAACUGCAAGUGAUAGCGAAAGGAUUUUUAUUGUGUCACCUUUCGAAGAAUGUUUGAUUCAAGAAGUAAAUGCAACGGGAAGAAUCCUUGUGCAACCUUAUCAAUCAAAUGCAGAGUCUCAUUAUUCAAAAAUUGGCCAGACAUUUAAGAUGCUCGAUAUUCGCACUCUAAAUUCGAACCAAACACUUAAUAUUGAAUCUGAUGGAGUUGCAGUUGAUUUGGUCUAUGAAACUUUUAAAAUAGAUCCGACCUAUGGAAAAAAUUCUGAAAAUAGGACAGAAAUCGUAAAUAAGAUUUUCCUUCAAUUGGGAGAAUUGAGUGAUAGUCUUCAAACAUGGGAAGUUGGUGUAAAAGGAUUGGAUAAUGAAACAUCCUUCCGCAUUCUAGAUUUAAUGUGGUGGCUGGAAAUGAAUGAUUGGGAAAAGCUGUAUGAAGCAACAUUGGGUACUAGUUACAGACAGGAAACUAUUCAAAAUCUAUUUUGGGAUCUAGUGCCAAAUGUUGGCUCGCGAUCUGCUGUGCUUUUUAUUAAGAAAGUUGUCAAGAAUGGGCAGGUCAAAGGAUUCUUGGCAGGUCGAUUAUUAGCAAGCAUUCCAUUUUAUAUUCGGGAAACUUCAGAUGAACUUUUGACAGCAUGUGAGGAUUUAUUAACUUUAGGAGGUGACAUACCGACUGAAGUAAAACAGCAAGCAAUAUUAACCUUUGCUUCUCUUCUUUACAAGACUUGUAAAACGAAAUGUAAAACAGAUACUCUGGACAGAUAUUCAAAACUAUACCUGGAUAAGAUUACAGAGAGUUCGAAUUAUGAAAAUCAAAUGUUAUACCUACAAGGAUUAAGUAAUAUACACCUAGGACAAGUUUUGGAUUUUUUGGAACCUCUAAUAUCAGGGCAAGUUCCUGCCAAUAAACAUAUUAGAUUUCUAGCUGUUUGGGCUACUCUACAUACUGUCUACUUUAACCCUAAUAAGGUAUAUGAAGUAUAUUGGCCGCUGUUUACUAAUAAAAGUGAAUCAUUGGAACUGAGAGUUGCAUCUCUAACACUACUUAUUAUGUCCAAACCAUCAAUAUCACGCUUUUUUUCUAUAUAUCUACACAUGCAAGCUGAACCCAGUGAACAGCUAUACAAUUUUUAUUACACAACAAUACAGUCUCUGGCACGUACGAAUUAUCCCUGCUAUGCUAAAAUAGGACAAGCAGCUGCUAAAUUUGCUAGAUUUGUCCCGGCCAAAUCUAGACACUGGGCUACUGGUAAUUACCUUCUUGAUUUUGAAGAUCCAGACAGAGCUUAUGGAGGUUUUCUGCAAACAUUACUGAUUGCUAGUGAAGUUACCGGUCUUCCUAAUGUAUAUAUGUUUAUGGUAGAACAGCAUUCCCUUGGACAUACCAGAUUAUAUGCGCUUUAUCUAAAAACUAGUGGUCUAAACGCUGCAAUUAAUGAUGAACUUAAGAAAAUCGCAACAAUGGGAAAUGCUAAUUUGAAAAUCUCAAAGGUUGUUGAGCUCCUAGGGAAAUUAAAAGUACCUGUAUUAGAUCCAGAGAAAUUGCAUUUGGAGCUUAUAUUAAAAAUAGAUGACAAGACUGUAUUAAUAUAUUACUUUAAUGAAGCUUCUUUCAAAAAUUGGACACAAAUGGUACGACAUGUAAGCUCGUUAUACAUUGAAUUCAGUUUAAAUUACCAAAGCCUGGCAUUUCCUUCAGUGAUUUCCUACUCUGAACCUACUGACUUGGGCAUUCCUUCAUUAAUAAAAAUGAGGUCUGCAUCUUUAAUAUCAACAAGAGGCAGUAUUAAUCAAGAAAAUGAAGGAAAAGCUCGAAAUGCUGAAUUGGACUUGAGGUAUUCAUGGAAUGGAGUCACAACACACAGAGUAUAUAAUCCUCUAAACAAUAAGUGGUAUGGAGCUGAUAGGUGUAGAAAUAUUCAUAUUCGGCUACCUUUUGCAACAAAAGUAAUUUUACAAGUUGAGAAAUCAGUGUAUAAAGUAAAAGCUGUGAGGCAUCGAGAUUUUGUAACAGGUUCUAAACUUGGCUUAGUAUGGCAUGCUUCGACACGUUUGGUGUCCAAAACACCUGUAGUCAAACAGUAUCCCAAUAUUAGAGAUGAAUGGACCAUGGACUCUGAAGAUUUAGGAGCGCGAUUAGGUGCCAGUGUGUUUGAUUGUUCUAAUCCUGACACGCUACCUGAUGCUCUCCAUCUUUUGAAAAAAGCCUUCAUGGCUAAUCAUAAAAACUACAAUAUGGUUCCAGGAGGUGUAGUUCUGCUUGGAAUACUGGCACUUAAAGAUCAGCUUCAAUUUCAACCCCAGGGCAUAAGCUGCGGAGUUAUGCUUUAUUUUACACCACUGUUAACACAAGUUAAACCUGAGUUGUACAUUGAAGGUUAUGAUCAAAUGAAAAUAUCGAUGACUCGGAAGGAUGGACCAUUGUGGGAAAUUCAAGCUGGUUCAAAGAGGUUACAAGAUGGAAAUAAAGAAUUUACAUUCAAGCUAUACAGAGCACCUAGUGUAAGUGUGACUGUAGCCCAUAUAUGGAGAGUUAUUCAGUUUGAAGGUGCAUUUAUAGUGCCUUCAAGAAUGUCAGGAGUGUCAGAUACACCUGCAGCACUGACAGGAUACACUUUUGUUUCUUGGGGAGAUGCUUCCCCUAGUCUCGCUGAUAAAGCAGCUGUAUUGGACUUGAAAUUGCUACCUAGUCACAAUGAUAGUGGAGGAUUAUAUUGCAAAAGUUUCACACCAGGCUGUCUGCAGGCUGCAAGUGAUCUAGCAGCAAGACAAAUAGCCACCAUUGAAUACGCGAAUUUACCAUCAUGGCUAAAAAUGGCAGCUCACGCAUUAUUUCCUGAACAGUUUCAAACUGAAAGCAGUCAAACACAAAUAACUUUUUCAUACCCUAUGGCACUGCUCCCUUGGAAUACUAAAGGUCUAUGUGCGGUGAAUAGUGGUUCAGUUCUAACUCUGGACAAUGCAACAAUACCAUCAAUAUUAACUGAUUGCUAUACACUAGCAGUGGCUGAUUGCUCAAAGGAGGCACAGUUUUCGAUCCAAGUGAAGAAACUAAACAACAUGAUGGGAAUCAAAAUCUAUUGUGGGAAUGACAGCGUUGAACUGUUUCCUAAUAGUGAUAUUCAAUCAUUGGUGCAUGUGAAUGGUAAUAAAGUUGAGAAUAUCAAGCAAGGUUAUCACCAUACCGAAAUGAAUGAGCAGCAGCUCAGUGUUAGGAUGACAUCUGAAGGCAUUGUUGAAGUUGAACUUACUUCGGGAGUAAUGCUGCAACUUUACAACACCACUGCAGUGAUAUUAAUACCUGCACAGUUUCGCGGACUAACUUGUGGUUUAUGUGGUGAUUUUAAUGGUGAUAUAAUAAAUGAACCAUCCAUGGCAUACAAUGAUUGUGAAAAUCAGUGAUAAACACAAGAGAAACAUCUGAAAUAUGUAAUAAAUAUAUUGAAACUUAAAACUAUACGUUUAAGGACUUAUUACAUAUUGUUCUGCCGUGGAGAAACAGACAAGUUUUUAAAAGUGUUGAAGAUGUACAUUUGUAAAUAUUAAAUUUUAAGUAUAUCAUGUAUUAUAGAUAAAAUAUUUUCCACAUUUUCGAAGCGUGGAGUUGUAAUAAACUAUGCUCAAUUGAUUUCUUCAAUAACUUAGUAAAGGUGUUAUUGUAAUUAAAGAUUGAUAAGAUAAUUCAAUUAAAUGUGAAAUAAUAUUUUUGAAUAAUCACAACUUAAUUAUUUUUAUGAGCUAGUGAUGGUUAAAUUACUCUUCAAUAGGUGACAUUACUCCUAAAGAAUAAGAAAAUAAAUGAAGAACCUGUAUUUAUGGAGCUAAAUUUUUUUCUAAAAUGGCUUAUUUACAACAUAUCAACAAUGGUAUGCUUAAUUAUUGAAUACCCUAUUAUAAGGGUAUUUAUUAUAAAUAGAACAGACCCAAAAAAUAAAUAAUUGUUUAAAAACUUCAGCAUGCUUUUUGGCACUCUUUUCUUAUUGUUUCAUUAGAGUUAAUGAUCACUUAUCCGAUCUUUGUAUGUCUUUAAUGAUAAUAUCUGAAUUUUCAAUAAUCACUGUAGCUCAAUUCAAAAUAAAUUUUGAUGUAAAUUGAUGUUAAUAAAAAAAAGUAAGUGGCU